AUGGAGUGUGCCAGCCCCCACUCUGGAAAGCAGGUACUUAUCAAUUUGGUAUUAAUUUAUUUUGCCGCUGGUGCGCACUAACGUUAGUGUGUACUUGUUUUCUAAAUCUAAAUGCCACCGUAGUGGGUCUAGAUCUAGUCAUCUCACUUGCAGUGAUUGUUUGUGCUUGUUCUUCCGAUUCUCUUGUAGGUGUCCGCAUGCAUGAGUGCGCCUAACUGAUCCGCAGCCAAUAGGUUUUUUUCAUUUUGCAUCAUUAUCUAUUUCAACAUCACGGAUUCACUACUAAACUUGCAAACACGACAUCAGAUUGGGAAAUACCUGCAACGGUUCGCGCGUGUGAUGAGAGCCGACCCGAAAGCGCCGAUCCUGGCACCAGAAGGAGGCAAGCACCCCGAAGCGCUGCUGCUUUUUAGCAACAUCUUGUACAGGCCGCCGCCUGGUGGCAGCAAUGUGCCAGCAUUAUCCGAUGCGGUGCGCACCGCCGACGUCUUUCGCUCCAACGAUGAAAACCCG